GCGUGUAGUUCCGUGGGACAGUGGAGUAGUGGGGCAGUGUUGUAGUUUGUAGAGAGCAGCAGAAGUGAGCUGUCCGCUCUGCCUCCUGCCUUGUUCUUGUUUUUUUGUUUUUCUGCGAUAAGAAAAACUCAACCUGGCUAACAGAAGCUGAACAGCUGUCUCUGAUUUGUCGGAAAGUCCGAGGAACUCAUCACAGUGAUGCUUGACCGGGCCGAGGAGUGAAGCGCCUUCCCGGAGUUGAAGUCGACGGCAGACCGACACCGCCGAGCCCGUCGAGAUGGCCCGCAGCCCGAACUGCCUUUACCGCGACGGCUGUGGCCAAGCAUGUGCGUUGCCAUGGUGAUCAUCUACAAGAAAACGGUGGACAAAAAGGGCGGCGACGAUGUAACGUCAACACGUACGGACUCGGGCACGGCACAGACCAUGAGCCAGGGAGCAGCACUUUUUUCUUGUGGACUUAUGGAGGCGAGCCGAUGGCGCGACGCGGGGACCAGCUGUGCCUUGCAGCAGCGGCCUGUCGGGACCAGCUUGGAGAGCCUGUGGGACGUCCUGCCGGAGGUGCACAGAGCGUCCGCCGACUGGGGCUGGGAUGUCGGCUCCGCUUCCAGCACCAUCUCCAGCCUGCUGAAGGACCUCAGCCUGAGCGAGGCCUCGCACUCCACAGCUCCGCCCAGCAAGCGCCAGUGCCGCUCCCUGUCCUGCUCCGAAGAGCUCGCCGGCUGCCGCUCCACCUGGCGCCCUCAAGGCUCCCGCGUGUGGACGUCGGUGGAGAAGAGGCGGUGCCACAGCGGGGGCAGCGUCCAGCGCAUGUCGCAGCUCGGCUUCCCGGCCAUGCAGCGCAGCUCCAGCUUCAGCCUGCCCGCCCGCUCCAACGCCAAGGAGCCCCCGUGCUUCUCCCAGCUGCCAGUCGAGGCCUUCCGCUUCUCCGGCUCUGCUCUCUCCUCUGAGCCGCCUGCCCAGCCCCUCUACCUCUCGUACGAACAAAUCUGCCUUCCCGAGGCCCGGGAACCCUCGUCGGCGAGCUCGCCCGACUCCACUCCAGAGCUGGAGCGCCGCGGAGGAGAGGGCGGCCUCGCUCGGAGCCGCUCGCAGCCGUGCGUCUUAAACGACAAGAAGAUCGGCGUGAAACGCAGGAGGCCAGCAGACUCCCACAAACAGAGGCCCUCCCUGGAUCUGGCAAAGAUGACUCAGAAACUUCGGAAUUUCCACAGCCUUAGCUGCCCCGGCAUCACGAGCGACGACCCGUUAAAGUCCGGCCCGGCGGCCCCCCCUCUCAGGUCCAACACCACCGAUGACUUAUCCGACAGCGAGGAUGUUCCGGAGCUCAACGGGAGCGAGCCGUCUGACGCCGACUGGAACUCCGGCGGCGGCGGCACAAUGGCGGGAACGACGGGCGGGAAGGACGGCGAGACCCUGUGGGUGGGACUGUGCAGCAUGACGCGGGACAUGUAUCAGCUCGGAGGAGAGCUCGACAUCGAGCAGAUUGAGAGGAACUGAGCUGAGCUGCUUUUUCCUCCUCCGAGGGGGAGGAAGCUAAUUACGGGACUGGAAGUUUAUCACCAGGUGGUACAAUAAACAGUGCUGAUAGUCUUAAGGACAAAGCGAGAGGGAAGCUCAUGCCGAGAGCAUUCCAGGGCGUUUCUAUUAUUUUUCUCUUUUUUUUUUUUUUUUUUUUUUCCCCCCCCUCCUUGAAGAGAGACUGAGCUGGAGUUUUGUGCUUUAAAAUUUCCAUGUUUUGGGAGUUUGCGUUUCAGGGGCGACUCUCCCCAACUGUGCGGUGUUCUCAGGAGAAAUCGGAAGUCAGGAAAGAAGGAUUUGAGCGGGACUAAGAAAAAAAAAAAGGAUACUAUGACACAGCUCUAAAUAGCCUGAAUAGCCUAUUUGUGCUUUGGAGAGAAUUCACAGCAGGUUUGUAUAAAUUCUCUGCACCAGAAAAAGUGUCUUUAUUAUAAUUUUUUUUCCCUCUUGACGUUCCUCACUAGCACAAAGGUACACGACGGAGACGAAUGAACACCACUUAACGAGCUUAACGAGCUACCGUCGAAGCUCCGUUCACUCUUUACCGAGCAAUAAGCAGCACACAACGCCUAUAAAGUAUACAGAUGAUAACAUUUUGCUGAGUCACUGCAGGCUCACCUCCGAGAUCUGAGCUCCUGAAUGUCCGAAAGACGCUUCGAGAUGCUAACUGUGUUAAUGUUCUUUCUUUAUUACGAUUUGUAACUACAAAGUUAUGUAAAACAUGAACAUAAUUUCUAUAAAAAAAAAAAAUGAAAUAAACCCAGGUUUAAAAGUGG